AUGAACGUGUCCACGCUUACCAUCACUUCGAUCAAUACCCCGUUGCCAUGUCUUGGUUCCGUGCUAACCCCCCAAGGCUUUGAAACUUGCUGUCAGAAAUCACUGCUGUGCAGUGCCGCAGUGGACCAAACGACGCUCUAUGUCCAAGGCAUCCCCCAACCACCAGAACUCGAUGUGACUCCCACCCGAUUGUCCAGUAGUAUUCAGGGGACUUCUUGGGUGUUCAUCAAGCGCGUGGCCCUGACAGAUCCGUCCCAGAAACUGGAUGUGUACGUGACAUGUCCAGUCGGUGUACUACGAAAAGUCACUCAAACGAGAGAUCAGUGGCAAGUGUCGCUACCGCGAGCCAAUGUGUUUACGACGGCAUUCGACGGGUAUCAAGUGCAGUUGUCUGGCCCAGUGAAUUCGAUGGGUAUUCAACUUGUAUGGCAACCAAUGCCACCAACGGUGAAUUUUUCUUGCUCGAUUCAGGCCGUGGUGACAGACCCAUUGGAAGGGGCAAAUUUCACCGCACUCAUGUCCGUUGCAGUGCAGCUAGCCCAAACGCUUCCUCUGGUCCAACUUCCCCAAACCUACUUUGAACUGGACGAAGGAACUCCAUUUGUCCUUCCCAUCAUCGCAGACAAAGCCAACGUGGCAAGUGUCGUGCUAGAUUGUCCUCCAAAGUUAUGUGCCAACAUCUCCUGGUCCAAUGGAUCCAUUACACGAAGCGCAGAAAGCACCGUGAUUUUAGCCGGCGAUUCCUUGCGAAAUGGGUCGUUUGUGGUGACGCUUGUCAAGUACACGACUGGCAUUUUACCCUUUACAGUCACCGCGAUCCCAUUGAGCCGGGCCAGUUCGAAUCAAUCAAUACCCAUCCAAGUGGUCGUGCGUUCGUUGCCAACGUUGCCGCUUGUGGACAUUGCGCCUAAAGUUUAUCUCUCCGUUGCUUCCUACGUUGCUUUCCAAGUGAAAAUCACACCGCUGGAUCCAAACGACCAGCUCGUUGUGACUAUAUCAGUACCAUCGCAAUCGGUUGAGUCGCUUUGGAGCCCCGGGUGGAUGUUGCAAUCCACCAACGACACCGUCAACCAAUACACUGUAAAUGCGUCGUCGGCCAACCAAUCGACUUGGCAACUGCAGGGAUUGUUGGUGCAGAACCUCACACGACCAUUUAUGAUCGACUUGUUCGUGUCGAGCACUGAACCCGCGACGAAAUUGGCUACCAUUCGACACAUUGCACUCACUAUUGUACCCAACAUGUCGAUUGCAAAUGUGCUGUCGAUUCAAAGCGAAGAAGAUGCGUUGAUUCCAAUUCCGUUGGCCAGUGCCAGCCAACUCUGGGAUAUGGAUGGCGACAUUCUGAGUCAAGUUUGGAUCAGUGGCCAGUCGCGACGACCCCAGCCGUUGGUAAACACAACAGUGUUGAGCUACAACAUGUCCAAAGAUGUGACCACGGUGUACAUCCAGAACAAAUUCCAUUUUUCUGGACUCCAGACGGUGUACGUUGUCGGCGACGACGGUCUUACCCAAGUGAACAUCUUGGUCAAGCCCAAGACGUUCACGGCGCAGUUAAGCUUGCCAUCCAGGUCCACAAUGGCGAUUUCCAUCGCGGCUCAAACAAGUGUCCAAUUGUCACUCCCUCGUGUGAUCCCAGUGUCUGGCACCGUGGGCUUGAAAUAUCUCGGCCCGCAAGGCCCGUUGCGACUGUAUCUCGUCCUGCAAUCCGCCAUUCAAUUGCGAGUGUCCAGUGCGUACGUCGGCGUGUUCCACCUUUCGUUGCAAAGUGGUGGGGGGUACCAAGUAGCGUUUGACGUUCGCAUUUUUCCCCUGGCAGCCGUGCCUUGGAUUUCCAAUGCAUCGUCGACCGUGGUGGUCAACGCAACGAAAACCAGCGUCGUCCUCGCCCCUCAAUCGUUUGACGACAUCAUGGUCGUGGAUGCCAAAACAAGUGCCAAGUAUGCGUCGCCACUCACGCUGCAAUGGCCACAAUACGAGACGAGCAACAAAUCGUACUUCGCCGUCGCCACUUCGACCGAGGUAGCAUCAUCUUCGUCUCGCCUCACAGUGUCCACCGCCACACGAAUCGUUGGAACCACGGUGCUGGUGGUGUCACAACCCGUGGCCCCGACCAUGCAACUCGAACCUCUUCGAAACAUUUCCGUGUUUUUCCCGGCGUGGUACGUGUAUUGGAACGAAUCCAUUGCUUGCCGGUUUCAAGUCCAGAGUCCAGACACGACUGGAAAUCAGUACCUUCGCUUCUUUGCGACUAUGAACGCCAGUCAUAUUCAGCUGGUGCGAUACAACCAAUCCAGCGUAAAUGUGUCUGUCGAUUCUGGUGGCAGCGCCCUAGCAGUAGUGGAGAUUCUGGCCAAACCAUCGACAUUUUUCCUGCCGUGGACGCAGUUGGAAGUCGUUCCCCGUGCGGGAUUUGUGGGCGACCUACGGUUUGCCCUCGUCGUGCGGAGUAUUGUUCGAGAGUCCCAGAAUUCUGUCGACACGGUGUAUUCAUGGAGCGUGACGGUCAUUCCCACCGCCACUGCGGUGUCUUUGCAACUAUUUGCCUCCAAGUCCAAAUUUCUAGAAACGGAAUCCGUGGUGUUGAAUUCCACCGUGGGGGUUACUUCCGCCAUGGAAAACCUGAGCAUGGCUGUAUUCUCGUCGAUGCCCAACAACAUUGCAACCGUCCAACCCGUCAACCUUGUGCCGAACCAGCCAUUUUCGCUGCAAACAGUUCCGUUCUGGUUUGGAGUGUUUGAUGUUGUUGUCAACGCAACCGUUCAGCACAAAACUGCCAGCCCAAGAGAUAAAGCGAUUACAUCCCGCAGUAUUCGCGUGGAAAUUGUACCCGUGGCGUAUCCCCCCGUCCUUUUGGCCCCGUCGGUCGUACCCAGCGCCCCAAACACAUGGUCCAAUCUGUCUAUUACCCAAUUCGUUCCGUUUGUUCAGAAUCGAACCGUGCCGCUGGAAACCAUGAAGCUGUAUCUUCGCGUCCUGCAAUUGGGUUUAUCAUUGAAACUCAACAAUACGGUUCUCAAAGUGACGCCAAAUGUUCUGCUGGAAAUUCCGCCGACGGCCCUCGUCAUGGGCUCAGGCGGGAUUUACAACGUGACGUUCAGUGCCAUCCAUCGCAUUCCGUCGUCCAACACGUCAGCGACCACGUCCGUUGACCAGACGUUGUACGUCGCUGGUAUUUCCGUCGACUUCAACGCGUCUUCCAUUGUCGAAGGCCAGGGAAUACUGCUUUCUGUUGCGUUGAAAUCUCCCUCCCAAGCCCCCGUGACCCUCCUGUUGACAUGCUCCGACUUCUGGCAACGAGUGGAACUCAGCGCCACAAAUACCACCGUGGUCGACACCAAUCCGUGGAAUGUGGCGUUAGCCACUACCCGUGAUUAUGUUGACCAUGGCGACUUGACCGUGAAUUGCUCGGUGCAAAUUCAAACUUCGGAUCCAUUCUUCAGUCAAGUGGACCCUGCCCGGACAAUUCCGUUGGUGAUUCAAGACCCGGAUGUGUCUGGCGUGGACAUCGCGGGGCCUCAAACCAACAAGGCCAUUCAGCUGGUCGUGGCUGAAGGAGUGUUUGGGGAUAGCUACUCGAUCCGGUUGACGACCAUUCCGUUUGCAUUGGUCACGAUUUCCCUCUCGUGUGACCAAGUGCGAGUUGGGGUGUUUCCGUCCACCUUGACGUUUACACCAGAUGACUGGAACAUUCGACAAGCCAUCACCGUCAAUGCGACCGACGAUUUCAUCAAACAAGGCACCGUCGACACGUGGAUUACGCACACCGUUGCAUCGGACGAUCCGUUGUAUGCAAAACUGGCCAUGUUUAACGUGGCGCUGCGGACGAUUGAGACGGCCGACCGGACGCCAGCCCCCAUGGUGCAGCAAAUUUACUUUGGAGACACUGGCGCCGACUUGCUCGUGAUGUUCAACCGAGCCGUGGACCAAACCAACUUUACCGGCGCGACGAAUUUCUCAUGCGGUUUGGUGUUUAACGUGACCGUGGCGGGAGUUUUCGGUGACAGCCCCCUGUGUUCGUGGCCCAACACAAAGACCAUUCGCGUGGUGUUAGGGAAAUCUCCUCUUGUUUUACCCAAAGAUUUUGUUGGAUUGAAUGGAAACGUGCUUAAGUCCACACCCGACGCGGUGCUGUCGAUGGCGUCCAUUUGGAUUCAAGUGGAUCUGCCUCGAAAACCCCUCGUGCCUCGAAUCAGUGUGUCUGGCGCGCUCAACCUUGGAUCAUGCGAUGGGUUGGCUUUGAACGCAAAAGCGUCGUCGGGUUCUGGCGGGCGUCAAAUGACGUGGCAGUGGACGAUUGAUCCGCCUGGUUUGUUGGACGACAUGGGCCUUUCCAACCAGUCCAUAGCCAUUCCGUCCGACUUGCUUGCGUAUGGCGGGGUGUACACUGUCACUUUGACCCUCACGAACUUCUUCAACAUGAAUGCCACGUCCGACAACCUCGUCGUGACCAAAGCGUCUAUGCCGCUGCCAUCUGUGUACAUCGAAGGGCCGUCGCAAGUGUCAUUGUUGCGGUCUCAGACGCUUCAGUUGUCUUCCGUGGCGAUGGUGUCGACCUGUGGAGACGCGACAACGAAUCCGUCCAUGGGUUUCCUCUGGUCUCUCAACAAUGUCCCCGUGGUGUCAGAAAGUCGAAACCCCCGAAACCUCAAAUUGAGUAAGCUUGACCGAGGAUCCUACGCUACCACGGUGUUGGUGUUUAUGGCAGACACCCCCGAAGUGAACAAUACGGCCAGCGUCCUCGUGCAGGUCAAUCCGUCGCCCCUAGUCGCAGUGAUUGUAGGCGGGAAUCGAACCAUCGGCAACGUGGACGACCUGCUCUUGAACGGCACGACGUCGUUCGACCCAGACAAUUCUACCACAGAAUUGAGUUACACGUGGACGUGCACAGACUUUUCGACUGGCCGGACCAGUUGCAACGGCUUGGACAUCGAUAAUGGCGACGUGACCACCGUCCCCCGUGACUACUUGCCCCCCAAGGCGACCCUCUUGAUCACGCUGACCGUAUCCGAUCCGUCAACUGGUCGGCAGUCGAAUGCCAUCGUGAGUCUUACUGUCGUGUUGGGCAAUCCCCCGAUCACGAAAAUCCUGUCGCUGGCUACCACAAAGUUCAAUCCAGACGCGAAAAUCGUUCUCGCGGGGAGUGUGACCAGCGUGUUGGACACCCAACCGGCUGCCCAAUGGUCGAUUGACGGCGACUCCGACGGCUCCCUUGCCGCCUCGACGUUUGGCCUCCCUGUGACAUCACUUCGUAUGGUGUUGGUCCCCAAUACCUUGCGACCCGGUCGAUCGUAUUCGUUUGUGCUGACUGGCAAGGACAAAUUCGACCAAGUCAGCACCGCCACCAUGUCCAUCACGAUGAACGAAGCGCCGACAAGUGGCACUGUGGAGGUAUCACCCGCAGCUGGGACCACCCUGGCCACGUCGUUUCACAUUUCGUGCACGGAUUGGGUGGAUGAGGACUUGCCUCUGAAAUUCAGCUUCAAGUACAUUGUGGGCGAGUACUCCGUCGACGCCCCCCAAGUCACACUGAGUGAUUACUCGUUAACCACGUCGUUUGACACGGUGUUCCCCACGGGCGGCGGGCCCAACAACACGAUUACGAUCGUCAGCUACAUUGCCGAUGCACUUGGGUACACGACUCAGUCGAUUACGACGGUGCAAGUCACCUUGCCCACGUAUAACAACGACGCUGAACAAGCUGCAUUCCUGCAGAAUCAAACCAGUCAGUUGGAAAACUUGGCGGCCAGCAACGACCCCGGCAAAGUUCUGAACAUGGUCAACAUCCUGGCGUCCAUGAUGCCAACAACGUACGUCCCCGCACCAACGGACAGCGCCGGAUCGCCAGCGCCCACUCCGGCACCAACCCGUCCCCCCAAGCGCUGCUCGACUGCUAUUUCUGGCACCGUUUGUUCCGGACACGGGACUUGUACCAACAACCCACCGCAGUGCAGCGACGACAUUUUAGAGUGCACGGCCAUCUGUACAUGCGGGUCGUCGUGGUACGGCACCGACUGCAACACGUCGCAGGAAGACUACGACAAGAAGCAAAAGAUGCUGGGCAGUUUGCUCAAUUCGAUGGUCAUGGCCAAUGCCAACGUCGAGCCGACGCCCCAGGCGCUGGAACAGCAGAGUUCUGCUGUGGCGUCCAUCACUGCCAACGUGGCCGUGCUGAGUCCCACGCAGCAAUCCCAAGCUUUAGAUUUGGUGGCCAGCAUUCUAACGUCGUCGUCGUCGGUGACGUUAUCCCCCGCUACCACCACUGCAGUCGGACAAUCCAUUUCGAGUCUGCUGGACGCACCGCCCGUUGCGACGACUUCUACACAACAAAGGCGACGACUGGAUGCUCAAGAUACCAAGAGCACUCGUGUUGGCAACACCGUGUCGCUGCUAGCUACUUCCAUGCUCAGUGACCACGAGCCAGGAGAAGCUGCGGUGCAAAUGAACACCAAGAACUUGAAACUCACUUUGCAAAGGCACGACGCCAGCGCCAUCGCCAAAGCGAUCGUGCAAUUGCCGUUAUCUGUCGAACAAGUUAAGCGCAACUACACGAGUCCGUCGUUUGGGUUUCCAGACAACUUUUCAACCUACGGGGGAUGUGCGAGUGUCGACACCCACGCGGCGUUGUACGCGAGUAAUCUCUACGGCGACGAAAGCGCCACUGUCAUCAACUCGGCCGUGAUGGGCUUGAACUUAAAGUGCGGCGACACUCCGAUGCCCGUGGCCAACUUGUCCAAAGGGGUUACCAUUCGCAUGCGAAACAACAAACAAUACCCGAUGCCGUCCAAGCCACUAAAUGGCACGGUGCAGUGCGUUGUGAACCAGCCGGUGGUGAAAAAUAUCACGUGCGACUUGACGAAUCAAUUGUUCAAAGUCAUAUCUUGCAAUGGCACGAAUAACUACACCGUCUCCUACGUGUGUCCGCAGUACAUUCCAGUGCAAAUGUGUCGGUAUUGGGAUAUUUCGAAAGGAGCGUGGUCGUCAGAAGGAUGUGUCCAGGUGAAGGACCCCGAUCCAGCCUACAUUGUAUGCGAAUGCAACCACUUGACCGACUUUUCUUCGCAAAUGAACCAAGCGCUGCACGCCGUCGAGGACAACGUCGUAGCGGUGUUUACGCACAAAACGACCUUGGAAGAUGUCAAGCAGAACCUCCAAGUCGUCGUGACUAUGGGCGUGUUCUUCAUCUUGUAUGCCGCCGGGUUGCUUUAUGGCAUGCGACGGGAUCGAUUGGACGCUGUGGGGUACUCGCAACAACAGAAAAAGCUUGUGGAAGGCACCAAAGUGGACAUGAACAACCUGUUCCAACUACCCAAAGUCGUCAACGCCAAGACCAAGACGGAAAAAAUGAAAGCGUUGGUGCGUGAAUUCUGGGCCGGGAUGUCUGGAAAGCACCAAUUGCUGUCCAUCUUCUUGACUUACGAUCCCGACUUUACGCGACCCCAACGCUUGAUGAUCAUCUUUACGACCAUCAUGAGCCAGAUGCUGAUCAACGCGGUGCUCUACCGUCUCCGCCAACUUGAACCCAACAUUGGCACGAUGCUCGUCAGCGGACUCGUGUCGUCUGUGCUCAUGAUGCCCGUGACGUUAGCGUUUGUGAUUUUGUUCAAAAAGUCGGCCAAAAAGCAUGAGUACAUGGUACGGUACCAACUGGAGGACUCGGACAACGUCAUCGAAGUUCAAGUCGACGCGUACGGCAACCCAGUCGAGUACACCAAGUUCGACGUCCUCCGCAUGGACCUGCAGACGCUUUCCAACGGAAUCGACCCAAGCUCAUUCCAGCUGUGUCUUCGGUGGCUGCAGCGCGACGGCCUCGACGGUCCCUUGAUCGGCCCAUUAUCUCGCGCUCUCUUCCUCGUCUUGCACGGCCACGACGUUUGGAUUCAACCAGAAUCUUCCCCCGACGAAUCUGCUCUUGUGGUAAAAUCCACCGACCACCAGAAAAGGAAGCGCAUGUCAUCCUUGUUCAAAGCCCCCCGCAAGUCAACCGUGGCAAUUGAGGACCCAUCCUCUGUCGACAAAGCAGCUGAAAAAGUCGUUCUGCCACGACUGAGUGAACAUGACGCCAUGGCCAAACUUCUCGCGAUGUGGGGCAACCAAGACUUGCACAAUGCGGUGAUGAAGUUGGAGCCCACACAUUUGACUUCCGAUGCCAUUGCUCAACUCGCCGUCGAGACCAAUGCUGGCACCGGUCAGCUCAAGGUAUCCGUUCCAACCCUGCCGUUUGACGUAGUUGAACUCCGGAAUUGCAAAGCGUUGCUGGAAUUCUGCAGCAAGUUCCACGAAUGCGCCGAGUGCUUUCAAAGCGAUGCGGUGGCGGUAUUGCGGAACGCCCAAGAUCAGAUUCGCCAGGCCAACGAAGAACUCAUCGCCACCAAGCAAUUGCUCAAAUCUCAACUUUCCCAACACAUGUCCACAACAAAGUCGUUGGCUCGGCGAAGCAUCACCCGGUUGUCUCGAUCCAGCUCGAAUGACCACAAGACCGCGGCGCUUCGUGCUGUGAAAGAUCAAGUCAAGGUGGUUGUGUAUCAGACUAAACGCCAUAUGACCCAAGCUCGCACCAUCCGCAAGGAAGCCCAGAAAUCGCUCACACUCCAGCGAAAACAAAUGCAAAAGCAAGCCAAAGCCGACCUUCGCGCCGUGCUGGCCAACUUGAACGGACUGCAGCGGUGGAAAAAGCGGUUCGAACUGUACGUAGCGGCCAAGGAGUCCAAGCAACUGGCGGCGAUGCCACUGCACGAACGGCAGCUGUUUCUCAAGGAAAAGGAAAAGCUCCAGAAUCUCCGAAUGACGUCGCGGCUCUUGUACAACCAAUUCCUGCGUCGGCAGCCGCAGAAACUUCCGAAACCGCUCUUCCCCGACUGGGUCAACUACGUUUUGUACGUCAUGUGCGCAUGCAUCGACGGGUUUGCCGGCUGGUUUGUCCUGCAGUUUGCGUUUACGAUUGGCGGGGACUUGGCCAACGUGUUCAUCGGAUCGAUCGUCACGGGUUUGGUUAUGACGUGGGUGGUGAGCGACCCCAUCAUGAUCUUUUUCAAGAUGGGCAUCAUGCCAGUUCUGGCCACCGCUCUCUUAGCCAACACGGGCAUCUUUGAAGCGCUCAGUGCUGAGACAUUUGUCUUGGGCGCCGCGGCCGCCGUGGGGGUUGCGGGAGUCGCCAAACUUCGCGGGAAGAAAGCGUCGGCGGUUCCAAUUGCAAACCCCGAAGCCCAAAAGAAGGACAAGAAGGUGGACGUCGUGGACGAAGCGUUGGCACGGGUUCGCCGCGACCUGGAUCCUGAGUCCAGUAGCACAAGUGGCCCACCUUCCACUCAAGUCCUGGCGGCUGAAAUGGACGCGCAAGCACAUGUGGAAUACCUGCAAACGUGGGACAAACUGCACGAUCCGUCGACAGCCGUCGUCGACAAUUCAGAGGAGCAAAAGCAACGUACGGUUGUGGUGGUGCGCACGGGGCCGUCGGUUGGCCCGGUGCCAGUCCAACACCCAGACCACGCCCUAUUCCCCUCCAACUACAUUGACAUGCCAUCGGCCAUCGACCAUCGUGACGUCGAUUCCUCCAACAUCGUCCCCAUCGGCCCAUCUAUUGACAUGGUUGUGCUUCCCUUCUCGGACGAAGAUGAUGACAAAGCCAGUGAAGUGUGUCAAUGCGGGCAGAAUGUUCCGCUGGCCAGUCGCCAGACCCAUUUGGCGCACGACUGCUCGCACCGCAUGGUGCAGUGCCGGAAUCCUGGCUGCGGCCUCUUUGUCCAAGCUAGGGGCCUCGUGGGGCACGAAAGCAGCCAGUGCCGCCUUGUGCUAUGCCCCUGCGGCCGUAUGAUCUUGAAGCACAAACUGCGCCAGCACCAGGAAUCCGAAGAGUGCUCGGCCAAGGUCGUAACCUGUCGCUUGGGCUGCGGGGUUUCGGGGUUGACGGUGCGGACGCUCGACACGCACGAGCGCACCGAGUGUGCGUUGCGUCCAAUCGAAUGUCCAGCGUGCCAUAUCGUAACCCAAGCUCGGGACCAAGCAAGUCACAGAUUGGAGUGCUGCGGCAACAGUGGCUUGACUGGGACCCAGCCAUCGCCUGCAGUCUUCGUGCCUCUGCGUGUCAAAGGGCCAGCGCUGUCGAUGGUUGUCGACAAAUCGCCGCCAUCGCCUCAAAGGAGACAGCUCGCACCGCUUCGUUUGACCAAACGAGUGUAUAUUGCAGCGGCAGACGACACCAUCGACGAGACUAAAGAUCCGGCCGCAGCCACCACUCAAGCCAGGGUAUCCCCGUUGCGACUGACAGGUCCGCCGUUGAUGUCGACGAUGGCAGAGGCGAGGGUGCAGUCGGGGCUGGCGUCCGCUGCCAAGAGUACGCUGGAGGAGCGAGCGUUUCACAAAACCCAAGCGCGGGCGUUUCUGCAGGAAAACACCAGACAAACCGCCUUUGUGGACACGGAAGUGUCGCUGUUUAGCAUGAACGCGUCUCAGCCUCCGAAACCAAAAGCUGACAAGAAGGACAAGAGCAAGGUGAACAAUCCGUACAAACUCAAACCUGGGAAAUUGUACCACGACUCGGACGAAGACAACGUGUAGCCCGUAAAUAUUGUCGACGAAUCUGAUAUAUAAUUCUAUAUUGUAGUCGUGGUAUGUAGUAAUAAUACUAUUAAUAUUAUACGUACACAAGUGCAUA